UAUUGCACCUCCCGAACUUAUGCCGUUGCUCAAGGACCAAUUCACGUCGUGGGAGAUUUCGGAGAUUUUGCGUUCUUCCUGUGGAUUGCUUUUGAGGCGCCUCAAAAACGAUUUGCGUUCUUUCUGUAGAUUGGUCAUCGUCGAGCAAGAAAGCAAGGUCGUCAUAUUCCUACCAGCCGCAAAGGUCGAAUGCGCCGAUGCACCAGAGAGGGGCUGAUUUGAGAAUUCGACAGGAUUCGACUUGAGCUCGGCUUCUUUUUUAAAACUAAGAUUAGCAAUCUUUCGAGGGUUCUGCUAAUUUUGGUUAGCAAUCUUUCGAAGGUACGGUAUUCAUCGAAAGGCGUCACCUUCAAGCGAGGCGUCUCUCGCGACACGUCAGCAGCAUGCCUCCGCGCGUGGCGGGGGCCCCGUCCGCGCAGCAAGUUUACAACCGCCUGGCAGAUCUGCUUCUCGUGGCGGCCCACGAGCCAUCAGCAGCGCUGGCUGGCGUGCAGCAGCGCGUGCGCAAGAACGUUCCCACAGUCGUGAAUCUAAAGUCUGACACGCUCAGCUGCAUGCGCGAGGCGGAGUUCGCCUGCGCUGACGUGGCGGACUGCCACGUCAUCGCACGCACCAUGACAGGUGGCGGGCCUGCAGCCAUGCAGCGCAUGCUGGCCCGCCUCGCCGCUGCGAAACCGCACAUCCCUUCGCUCCGUGCUGCCAAGGACGUGAAGCCAACAGCCCAAGGGUCAGCCGAGGGCGUGCAGUCUCGCAGUGCUGCAGCCGACCACAGGGCUCAUUCCGCCCUCCACACACUUGCUGCCAAGGGCGUGCAGGCUCGCAGUGCUGCCACCGACCCGCAUUCCCCCGGCGAUGCAGAGGCUGCAGCCCCCCGCACAGCGGAGGCUGCUAUGCUGCCACGUGUGGCGGUGGGUGGGGGUGAGGAUGCGGAUGAGGAGGUGAGAGCCUGCUCUGGCAAUGCCGGCUCUGGCAACGAUCUGCCGCAGAGCAGCCCAAGAGCCCGGCCGGCUUCAGAUUGUAGUGAACGGGUGGGUGGGAGCUGGGAUAUGGUGGACAGGGGAAGGGCGCAGGCAGAGGUAGAGGGAAUGGCAAGGAAAGAAGGGGCUGAUGUGGUAAGGGGAGGGGGGGGAGCAGCAGGGGCAGGAAGAGUGGUGGAUGCUGCUGGUGUUUCUAGUGCUGACGUGGCAUCUGCUGCCUCUAGUGGUGAUGUGGCAGCUGCUGCUUCUAGUGCUGACGUGGCAGGAGCAGCAACGGCUGACAGAGCAGCUUUUCGGAGGGCGUUAACCGGACCAGAAGCACUGCUUGCAUUUAUCAAUGAGGGAGUUGAGGACGGUGCUGAGGAUGCUCAUAUGGGGGAUGCACAAACAAGCAUGUCAAGUCGGCUGCUCAGGCUCAUCUCUCCGCCUCGCCUUGUGUGGCAGUCAAAGCAAACCUUGCAAAAGAAAGAGCCUGGAGCUUCUUCAGAUUUUCCCUGUGGUGAUGGUGGUGGUAACAAGAUAGGAGACAAACAGAGGUUACGAUUGGAGGCAUGGUUGGAUGAUAAUUAAAUUCAGAAAAAUGACUUAGGUGUACAUUGUUAAAUUAUAUUUGUUAUAUAAUUGUAGGCUUGGUAGGUUAUCGAACUCUACUGUAGAGGGUACAAGUCCCUCCUUGUAUGCCUCUCUCUCUCUCUUCUAGUUCA